GUGCCUCACGAUCAUCUGUCAUCCAAUGCAAGCCAGGAGGCAACUGCCCCAGCAGACACAGAGGCAUGACUAGGCAGCUCUCCCCUCUAUCUGUUGCUGAAGAUUCUGCUGCUCCCAUUCUUGAGCUGCAGAAUCGAAGUCCCUCGGGAAUCUGUCGGCACAGCAGAGUCGAGAGGCAGAGCAGAUCAGGAGAGGAAGGAACACAAACGCACACAGAGAGCAGCAGCCAAGAAGCUGAAGGACAGACAAGAUGCCAGUCUUGCACAUCCACAUUUCUCAAGCUUAUUUGGAGAUUUCUGAUCAUUCUGUCCGUCUCUUCCUCCUGGGUGGGGACCACACAGUUUGUCAAAAUCACAUUUGAGACCUUUGACUGUCCUUUUUUCAUGACUUGGUUCUCAACAAACUGGAACAUUAUGAUUUUUCCCAUUUAUUAUUCUGGGCAUCUUGCAACUGCACAGGAAAAGCAGUCUCCAAUCAAAAAGUUCAGGGAAUGCAGUCGGAUUUUUGGUGAAGAUGGUCUGACGCUGAAACUCUUUCUUAAAAGGACUGCUCCCUUUUCUAUUCUGUGGACUUUGACUAACUACCUGUAUUUACUGGCUUUAAAGAAGCUGACAGCCACAGAUGUCUCUGCCCUGUUCUGUUGUAACAAAGCUUUUGUCUUCUUGCUUUCUUGGAUCGUGCUGAAAGACAGGUUCAUGGGAGCAAGG